GCCGGUGUUCCUGCCGGAAAAUCAACUAAAUUUACAAUGGACGUUCGCCGGCGACCAGUUAAGCCUUUAUGCACAUCAAAAGAUGCUUCCGCCGGCGAACCUCUGAAACAACAACAAGUUUCUUCUCCUAAAGCAUCUGACGCGCUUCCACUCCCAUUGUACCUAACCAAUGGGUUGUUUUUCACCAUGUUUUUCUCUGUUAUGUAUUUUCUUCUCGUAAGGUGGCGUGAGAAGAUCCGUAAUUCUAUUCCUCUUCAUGUGGUUACCCUUUCUGAAUUGUUAGCUAUGGUGUCAUUGAUUGCUUCCGUUAUAUAUCUAUUGGGUUUCUUUGGGAUUGGGUUUGUUCAGUCGUUUGUGUCCAGGUCGAAUAGUGAUUCAUGGGAUAUUGAGGAUGAGAAUGCUGAGCAGCUAAUUAUCGAGGAAGAUAGCCGCCGGGGACCAUGUGCUGCUGCAACUACUCUUGGCUGCGUUGUGCCUCCACCACCUGUUCGAAAAAUUGCCCCAAUGGUUCCACAGCAACCUGCCAAGGCAGCUUUGUCCCAAACGGAGAAGCCUGCGCCAAUAAUUAUGCCAGCAUUAUCGGAAGAUGACGAGGAGAUAAUACAAUCUGUUGUUCAGGGUAAAACACCAUCAUAUUCUUUGGAAUCAAAGCUUGGUGAUUGUAUGAGAGCUGCUUCGAUUCGAAAAGAGGCGUUACAGAGGAUCACAGGGAAGUCAUUGGAAGGGCUCCCAUUGGAAGGAUUUGACUAUGAGUCUAUUCUUGGACAAUGCUGUGAGAUGCCUGUAGGAUAUGUGCAAAUACCGGUUGGUAUUGCAGGGCCUUUGUUGCUUGAUGGGAGAGAGUACUCAGUGCCAAUGGCAACUACAGAAGGGUGUUUAGUUGCUAGCACCAACAGGGGUUGCAAGGCUAUCUUUGUCUCUGGUGGCGCCAACAGCAUUUUGCUCAGAGAUGGCAUGACAAGAGCUCCGGUUGUCCGGUUCACCACCGCCAAAAGAGCCGCAGAGUUGAAAUUCUUCGUUGAGGAUCCCCUUAACUUUGAGAUUCUUUCUCUUAUGUUCAACAAAUCAAGCAGAUUUGCUCGAUUACAGGGCAUUCAAUGUGCUAUAGCUGGUAAAAAUCUGUAUAUGAGAUUCAGUUGUAGCACUGGUGAUGCAAUGGGAAUGAACAUGGUAUCCAAAGGUGUCCAGAACGUUCUGGAUUACCUUCAGAGUGAAUAUCCAGACAUGGACGUCAUUGGCAUAUCUGGGAACUUUUGUUCGGAUAAGAAGCCAGCAGCAGUUAACUGGAUUGAAGGUAGAGGAAAAUCAGUAGUUUGCGAGGCAAUAAUCAAGGAGGAUGUAGUGAAGAAAGUGUUGAAAACUGAGGUUGCUGCUCUUGUGGAGCUGAACAUGCUUAAAAACCUUACUGGGUCAGCCAUGGCUGGUGCCCUCGGUGGCUUCAAUGCUCAUGCCAGCAACAUCGUCUCUGCUGUAUAUUUGGCCACUGGCCAAGACCCUGCUCAAAAUGUUGAGAGCUCUCACUGCAUUACUAUGAUGGAGGCUGUAAAUGAUGGCAAAGACCUCCAUAUUUCAGUAACUAUGCCUUCUAUUGAGGUUGGUACCGUAGGUGGUGGAACUCAACUUGCAUCACAGUCAGCUUGCUUGAACUUACUAGGAGUUAAAGGUGCAAAUAGAGAUGCACCAGGUUCAAAUGCAAGACUGUUGGCCACAAUAGUAGCUGGUUCUGUUCUAGCUGGUGAGCUAUCUCUCAUGUCAGCUAUCUCUGCUGGCCAACUAGUUAAAAGUCACAUGAAAUAUAAUAGAUCUAUCAAAGAUAUUUCCCAAGUAAUCAAUUCCUCUUGA